UUAUCAUUCAGACGUGAAUUAGAAUUGAUAGUAGUUUCAAACGUGUUUUUAUGUUGAAGAAAAGAAGCAGAAACUCUACUUUGAAGUUUUAUUACUGGCUGAAAGAUGAACCCGAAUAAUCAGAAUUUUGAGAAUGCCCAAAUGAUGUGGAAACCAAUAGGUAUUGAUCAUAGAAAAAAAAGGAAAAAAUUUUUAAGCAUUUUAGAGGAGAAAUACGGUGCCAAAUUCGGCGAUUACUGGGACUUCCAUAAAUGGAGCGUGGAACACUUGGAGGAAUUUUGGGCUGAAAUUUGGGAUUUCGCAGGAAUUAUAUAUUCUCAAACUUUUGAAAAGGUAAUCGAUUUAAGCAUACCCAUGAGUGAUAGACCUAAUUGGUUUGAAGGAGCGAAGCUGAACUUUGCAGAAAACCUUUUGAGGAACAGAGAUGACAGGAUAGCAUUAAUUAUGACAGGUGAAGACAGGGAGACAAAGAAGAUGACUUACAAUGAAGUAUACGAAAUAGCACAGCUUUAUGCGUCUGCAUUUCGGAAGUUUGGAAUCAAGAAAGGAGAUAGAAUUGCCUGUUUUAUGUCGAACAGGGAGGAGCCCAUUUUUGCCAUGUUAGGAGCUGCAAGCAUCGGAGCCAUUUGGACAGGAGCUUUACCAUUUAUAGGCGCAGAGGCUGCUCUAAAUCGUUUUAAACUAGUGGCUCCAAGGAUAAUGAUUACUGUUGAUAGAUUUCGAAAUAAUGGUGCAGAAAUAGAAAUGCUUCAUAAGGUGCAAAAGAUCGCAGCAGAAUUAGAAUGUUUAGAAAAAGUUAUUAUAGUGCCGUCAAAGGAAGAAUCGAAGUUGAAAGAUAUCAGUGGGAUAAAAAACAGUUGUUUCUUAGAUGAUUUUCUGCAGCUUGGGGUCGAAGAGGAUGGAUCUGUCCCUCCGAUCGUUUUUGAGCAACUUCCUCUGUCUCAUCCUUUGUUCAUCAGCUACACUUCGGGAACAACAGGCUUACCGAAACCACUUGUGCAUGGCUCUGGGGGUCUAAUCGAAGUAGCUAAAGUGCACUAUCUGAACAGAGAGCCUAAAACAGGUCAAAGUUACCUUUCGAUGUCUCCAGUAGGUUGGGCAUCCUGGAAUAUGACUUCCGCAUAUCUUUUCACUGGGAUCACAGUCAUUCUUUAUGAAGGGGUUCCAUAUUUUUUGAGUCCAACCUAUCUUUGGGACCUGAUCGACAAAUUUCAGCUCUCAACACUUUUUCUCUCUCCCAGCGUUUUAGAUGAGUUGGAGAAAAGAAACUACGUUCCGACUGAGAAGCAUAGUUUGGAAUCCCUCUCAGUUAUUGUCUGCGGAGCAAGUGUUGUAAAGCCAAAUAAUUACGAUUUCGUAUACAAAAAGAUAAAAAAGAAUGCCAUUUUCUUCUCUGGCUACGGUUCAACUGAAUUAAUGGGUGCAUGCAUGGCAUUCGAUGCAACGUUACCCAUAUACAGAGGUGAAAUACCCUGCCCAACCCUAGGUUUCGAUUUGGAUUGCCUAGAUGAUUCAGGAAAUAGUGUCUUGGGCGAAAUCGGGGAACUCGUUAUUAAGAAGCCUGCUCCGUCCUUACCUCUGGGAUUGUGGGGUGAUACAGACGGUUCUCGGUUUCGGGAGACAUAUUUUUCAAAAUAUCAAGAUGUAUUUGCUUUGGGCGACUUAGGAAUUAUCAAUCCUGUAACAAGAGGAAUUAUAAUUUGUUGUAGAAGUGACGAAACUUUGAAACCAAGAGGCGUUCGUUUUGGCAGUUCGGAAAUUUAUAACAUCGUGAAUUUAUUCCCCGAAAUCCGUGACAGUUUAUGCGUUUCACAGUACAACAAAAGUAACAACGAAAGGGCCGUCUUAUUCGUGCAAAUGAAGAAAGGCUAUUCUUUCAAUGAAGAAUUAGUCGACAGAAUUAGAUUGGAAAUAAAGAAUGGCUUAUCAGAUGGGCAUGUUCCAGAACUCAUUUUGGAAACGAAUGAUAUACCGCACAACAUGAAUGGGAAGAAAAUGGAGAUACUUGUGAAGAAAAUAAUAAACAACAUGCCUUACAACGCAGAAACGGUUGCAAAUCCACAAAGUCUAGAAAAUUAUAAAAAUAUACCACCAUACGAAGACUGAGGGAGUCAUGCUUUUUGAGGAAGUGAAAAAAUCAUUUCCUAAAAUUGUUUUCUUCUGU